GAAAAAAACUGUCACCUAACAUUUGUAGCUAAACAAAGGGCAAGAGACGGCGAGUUGAGUUUUGAAAGCGUGUGCGUGGGAGGGUCCGAAGUUGGAGAUAGUGAUUCUGGUUCUGUUCUGUUCUUCUUUCUACUCACAACAACAUCAGAAUCAGAAACAACAAUGGCCAACACUAACUUGGAAGAUGUUCCCUCUCUGGAUCUCAUGACUGAGCUCCUUCGUCGUCUCAAGUGCUCUUCCAAACCUGACAAGCGUCUUAUUCUCAUUGGCCCACCUGGAUCUGGAAAAGGCACCCAGUCACCAAUCAUAAAAGAUGAGUACUGCUUAUGCCACUUAGCUACUGGUGAUAUGUUAAGAGCAGCUGUAGCAGCUAAGACCCCUCUUGGUGUCAAGGCUAAAGAAGCUAUGGAUAAGGGAGAACUUGUUUCUGAUGACUUGGUUGUUGGCAUUAUAGAUGAAGCAAUGAAGAAACCAUCAUGUCAGAAAGGUUUCAUUCUUGAUGGUUUUCCAAGAACUGUGGUCCAAGCACAGAAGCUUGAUGAGAUGCUGCAAAAACAAGGAGUUAAAGUUGAUAAGGUGCUCAAUUUUGCAAUUGAUGAUGCAAUCCUUGAGGAGCGAAUUACUGGUCGCUGGAUACACCCAUCCAGUGGCAGAACUUACCAUACAAAAUUUUCCCCUCCAAAGGUUCUUGGUGUUGAUGAUGUUACUGGUGAACCACUUAUCCAGCGCAAGGAUGACACUGCGGCUGUUCUUAAGUCAAGACUGGAGGCAUUUCACAAGCAAACCGAACCGGUUAUUGAUUACUAUUCAAAGAAGGGCCUUGUUGCUAAUCUUCAUGCUGAGAAACCACCCAAAGAGGUGACAGUUGAAGUGGAGAAAGUGCUGUCUUAAAUGGAGAUCACCCUUCGAUCCUGGGGCUCGAACUGCAAUUGUUCUUUUUUCGCUACAGGAAAACUUUUCGUUGCCAAUUUGUAUUUUAAUAUACUCUGAAAUCCGCUUACCUUUCAGCUUUACUGCAAAUGCCGGCUGUUCUCAAACCCACAUUCGAAGACCAACUUUGAUGAAUCAAAAAGUCUAUUUAUUUUGAAUUUUGGUCUCUUUCUUUUUUCUGCAUGAAUUUCCACUCGACAUUCGCAGGUGUUUACGCACCCGUGAAACUUUUGAUUUCAUGAACUAGUUGGCAAAAUUUGAGCUACUUAUUGUUGGGAAGCAUUUGUGCUGCUUUUGAAGGUGUGAAAUGAAAAUUUGUAAGAAAUAA